CGACAGAAAAACGAGCGGAUCCAUUCGCUUGUUCCCAUAAGGGCGGUUCUCGAUCCGGGGAGUUGACUUUGAUUAGGCUCUCACUGCACCUGUGGCUGUUGUUUCUGAGACAGAGCGAUGGUAUUCAGCGAGAAAGCGAUGCCAGAGCGCAAACUGCACUUACUUGACAGAUAGUCAAGCUUAAAAAAAGAAAAAGAAAAAAAGCGCUUGAGAAGGCGCAAACUUCUGUCGUUCGUCUUCGGAUUUGAGGGAAAAAGAUGGAGGGGUUGCUGAUUUUAAAAUCUGCGACGCCCAGCCGUUCACCCCGUGACCCCUCUUUUCCACCCGCACGGGACCCUCAAGAAGAUUCGGAUCGCCGACCAUCUCGUGUGACGCCUGGUGCAGAUGUUACAGCUGCUGCACCACCUCCUCCGCCGCCACCACCUCCUCCUCCUCCUCCGCCUCCUCCUCCUCCAGCAUCCUUUGGCUUUCGUGACAUCCAAAGACGCUCUAUGAAAAAGCUGAACUGGGACACCAUCCCCAACCACCACGUGUUGGGUAAGCAGAACGUCUGGACAUCCAAACGCACUCAGAGGGAUCUGGUGCUGGAUAUACGAGCCAUGGAGGAGUUGUUCAGUCACGUCGACAAAAGGGCAUCGCUACGCACCUCCAGGAUCCUGGGUUUGAGUAAAAGUGAGGGGAUGAGCCUGUGUGCACAGGACUCUCAGGUCACCAUAUUGGAUUCCAAGAGGUGUAUGAAUGUCGGCAUCUUCUUGAGACAUUUCAAAAGGCCUGUGGCUGAAAUCGUGGAGGACAUCCGUCAGGGGAACUGGCUUAGGUUUGGAAGUGACAAACUAAAAGAGCUUUGUAAGCUGCUACCAGAGGAAAGUGAGGUAAAACGACUGCUGUCAUACAAAGGAAAACUGUCUGUGUUACCGGAUGCAGACCAGUUUAUGGUGCAGCUCGUUAAAGUACCCGGCUAUGUUGAACGUCUAAAAGUGAUGGUUCUGAGAGAGGAGUUCUUUCCCCUCAUGGAGGAAGUGAAAAACGCCAUCGCUAUUAUGACCAAAGCAGCCAAUGAGCUGUUGGACUGUGAUGACCUCCAUUCGGUGAUCCGACUGGUCUUGAAGGCUGGAAAUUACAUGAACGCUGGUGGUCACAGUGCAAAUGCCAUAGGAUUCAGGAUGACUUCCCUGCUCAACUUGGCCGACACCAAAGCCAAUAAGCCUGGCAUGAACCUCAUGCACUAUGUUGCCAAGCAAGCAGAGGAGAUUGACGUGGAGUUGCUGACUUUUCCCAGCCAACUUGUUCAUAUCGGGAUGGCUUCAAGAAUUUGUAAGGAUGACGUCAUCAAGGACUUGGAGCAGGAAAUCCAGAAGAUUGAAGAAGUUAAGUUGUAUAGCAGCAAAGAACCUGGCCUUUUAAAACAAAUAGAUCAAUUUCUCAAGAGGACGGAGGCCAAGCUUGAGGGUGUGGCGACUUCUCUAAAGGAUCUACAGGGUUUAAGCGACACCGUUGCCGAGUACUUCUGUGAAGAUCCAGCUACCUUCAAACUGGAAGAGUGCUGUUCCAUCUUUUACUCCUUUUGCAAAAGGUUUGAAAAAGCUGUACAGGAGAACCGGGAGCGUGAAGCUGCCGAACAGAGACACAAACGCACAGACAGCAUGCGGAUAGCUGUCAAACGACAAUCCGUAGCAUCGUGUUCAGCACCUGAAGCCGCUGAUGACUUGUUGUGCUUGGAGUCGGCGUUGCAUGACCUUCUAUCCAAAACCCCUUCUGGACUAAACAGAUGUAGGAAGAACAAUCCACCCCAGCCCGAAGCAUUGCAUUCUGAAUCCUGUCCUCAAACUGUACAAAAAGAAAUGCCAACGCCUCGUAAAACUAAGGAUAGCCCAGAGAAGAAGCAAGUUAAACUGCUUAAAGAAGACAUGGAUUCCACAAGUUUAAAAGAGGAAGAGGCCGAGAAGAUGCGCGAGAUAACCCGGAAAGUACUUCAGUACCAAAAUGGCAACGGCAGCCUUAACGACAAGAAUGUAUCAGGGAGUCCUCGGGAUUCCAAAGAUGGAGACGAGGCUGGUACUCCACGUACCCCUCAGCCUAAAUCCAGAGACUACUUCUUUGCAAGUGAUGGAACUAUGGGAUCUCCGUGGACUAUUUUGAGCCCCCCAAGUUGCUCCCCAAGGAACAACCCCCUGCGAAACAGACGCCGCAGAGUGUCAUCAACGUCUAGCGGAAAUGAUCCGGACGAUAAAGUCUGGGAGAGUGUGGAAAACUUGGCAAACGGAAGCUCUCCAUCUGCAGGAUCUGCCUCCCUUCCCGAGUGCCUCCGUCUGAGAGCGGCGUCGCAGGGACCGCUGCUCAGGUCGGCCUCCAUGGACGAAACCCUGCGCUCUCCUGGAACGGGCUUCCGACUGAGAUACCUGUUCCAGAGGAGCAUAUCUCAAAGAUCUUACUCCUCUGGCUCAAGGACCGGAAACAUGAAAGAAGGAAGCGACAGAAAGGUGGGACAUUAUGCUGAGGGCUCGUCCGGAUUCAAGUCCUUCUUCAAACUUAUCGGAAGCAGAAGUAAGCUCUGCGAUUUGGAGGAACAAAACUUCAAAUAAUCCACUACUAAUUUAAAGUUUUAUAGAUAAAAAUGAGACUUUGUCAACUUUUGUUUUUUUUUAAUUGGUAUAAUGUUUUUCUUUUUUAAAUGUUUGUCCUUUUUAUGUCAUGUUUUUACCCUUUAGUGGCCACAAGGCAAAUGGGAACUUGCUUUGAGCUCUGAGGGUUUAGAUUUUUUUUUUUAUAUCUAUAUAUACAAACCAAAUCCUAAAAUCCUCACAAUUGUCUUUUUGUGCUUUAAUAAAAUGUUAUAUUCUAUCCAGUUAACUAUUUAUUUGCAAUAAGUAUGAACUCUGUUUCAGGUUAAAACUGCAAUGCCCACCCUUGCAUUUGUAUCCUUGGUAAAGUCUUGAAAUUUAAUUUUGGUUCACUAGUAUCCAUCUAAAACUUAUUUUAAUUUGAUACAUAGUGUUUUUGUUUUUCCCUACAAGCACAGGCACAUUUUUGGGGUCUGGUGGUCAAACCAAAAACAGGCACCCAUUGUCAAAUGUAUUCAUAGACUUAAAAAAAUUGGAUAUUCUUUCUCAAACGUUGAAAAGGAACAUGGUAAUCAAUUGGCUUACCAGAUAUUUUACAAAGCUGAGAACACUCUAUACUUUAACUGUAUUUUGACAGUCAAAGCAAUAUUAAUAUAGCAUUACCAAUAUCAAUAUAAUUUACUAGACCAUCAUGUAGCUCAACUUACGACCUACCUUUUGUUUCACUUUGGGUAGCUAAUGUUUAUUAUGCUGAUAAAAUCAAAUGACCAAGUGACCUUUUAUGCAUUAUAUUUAGCCUUCUACAUGUAUUAGUUUGUAAUGUUACCAACCAAAAUGCUUCAUCUUUUGAAGUAUAAAUGUUUGCAUGAAAA